AUGGUAUAUGGAAAAGCAUGCCACCUACCUGUGGAGUUAGAGCAUAAGGAAUAUUGGGCGAUCAAGAAGCUGAACUUUGAACAACAAUUAGUUGGGGAGCAAAGAUUACUCUAUUUGAAUGAAAUAGAAGAGUCUCAAGAACAAGCAUAUGAAAGUGCCAAACUUUACAAAGAAAAAACCAAGAAGUGGCAUGAUCGAAUUCUUUUUCCAAGGCAUUUUCAUAUUGGCCAGCAUGUGCUCCUGUUUAACUCAAGGUUGAAGCUCUUCCCUGGGAAAUUGAAGUCACGAUGGUCCAGACCAUUUGAAGUACACCAUGUAUACCCUCAUGGCACUGUGGACAUCAAUAAUAUGGAUGAUGGCUCCAUUUUCAAAGUUAAUGGACAGUUUCUUAAGGCUUAUCAAGGAGCUCCGCCCAUGCGUGACAAAUCUGCACUCUUCUUGCACAAUGUCGAAAUCUGCUAA